AUGAGUUUAACAAUAUCAGAAGGCGACGACACAAUUGAGUGUGUUAGACACGAUCCAGGCGACGAAUCGAUCGACGGAACGAAUGGUGGUGAUGGUGGUUGUGGUGAUAGUGAGCACGGUGGACAGAGCACUCAAUUAUCAGAAGGAGGAGGGAAUAGUAGUGGAUCAACGAACAGUGUCACCAGCAGUGGAAAAGAGAAUCCCGAGGAGGAGUACAUCCGUAACCACCUGAAACACUACACAUGGUAUCACGGAAUGAUGUUUGGCAACAUUGCGGCCUCAUUGCUGAGAUACGAUAAUUCGUAUCUGGUGAGGCGAGCGUGCACCCGGGACGAGAAGUUUCUGUGCAUUUCGCUGAGGACGGGCGGCAAGAAGGCUCCGAAAAUUUAUCAUUACACAUUGAGUUGGACGACAGACGACGGAUGGACGUGUCCGAAGCUGUUCGAUAAGUUCCCCCAAAUUCCGCGUCAACGAUAUGAGCACAUCGUCGAAAUCAUCAACAACUGGUCCCAUCGAUUUCCCAACAUCGUGCCGAUCGCCCGUCGUUCGAUGGUCGUCCUCCACGAGUCGAUCAAUCUCGAGAGGUUUUUGGGUCGUGGAGCAUUUGGCGAGGUGUUUAAAGCGAAAUUCACUGCGGCGGGAGCCACACAACCAAUCGAGGUGGCCGUCAAACGGACUGCCGGAGACGCGAAACGUUCGGCGAUUCAGGAAUUCUGUCAUGAGGCGAGCAUUCAGGCGGUGCUGCAACACGAGAAUGUGGUGGCGUUUCAUGGAAUCGCAUCGUUGGAGGAACCGAUUAUGGUUGUGAUGGAGUUGGUGACUGGCGGCGAUUUGGAGAAAUACCUCCAAAAGACACCGAAUGUCUCAAAAGAGCAACUUAUCUACUUUGCUCUGAAUAUCGCGUGUGGAAUGCGCCAUUUGGCAAGGAAAAACGUGAUUCAUCGAGAUCUGGCGGCAAGAAAUUGUCUGAUAACGAAGGAUUUAAAAGUGAAAAUCUCGGAUUUCGGAAUGUCGAGAAGGCUGAGUAAGGGGGUCCCAGACUUUAUCGAGAAGAAAAUAAAACAAGCUCCAAUCCGAUGGAUGGCUCCAGAAUCCCUACUGAAAGGCGUCUUCAACGAGAAGACCGACGUUUGGUCGUAUGGAGUUGUAGUCGCCGAGAUGAUGACUCGUUGUGCUCACAAACCAUUGUAUGGAUUCAAUAAGAAAGAAGCACAAGACCAUAUCAAGAACAACCCGUUCCCGCAUCGAGUGACCGCCGAGAAGGGCGAUCCGAAAGAGUUGGCGCCGAUUGUGGAUGCGUGUUGUUGUCAGAACAUUGAAGAGCGCCUCGACUUCCAAAAAGUCAAACAACGUGUUCACGCAAUUUAUAUGCAAUGUUUGAAUCCAGGGACAACAAUCACAACUACGACGACACUUCCCACGAUGUCACCGGGUCCGGCGCCGUUGGAAAUGAAAAAAUCCGAGGACCGUCAACGAAACACCACCUUAGGGCGAAAAAAAUCGCGGGAUGGUCGCUCGAAAACUCGUUCGUCGAAACGGAAAUUCCUCUCGUUCCGUCGCCGUCAGAAAGAGCUUCAACUGCCGACAGGAAUGACGGCAACAACACCAGGCAAACCAUCACCAUCACCACAAGAAUCACCUGCUGCUGCACCUACAGUACUCCCCACCACCACGGGGUCAUCUGCCCUCCCCACGACGACAACGACUACAACCGAUAUCCCGAUGCCACCCCCGGAGACUCCGCCCACUCCAUCCGUUACAGUGCCAUCGACUCAAUUACAGUCUCCAACGUCAAAGUAG